CAGAUUCUUAACUCUGCAACAGUUAGACCCCCCUACAGUCAGCAGAAGAGGUCAUCCUUAUCAAGAGCAUCUCAAUUGUACUGCCAUAGUUUUCAAUACAAACAGUCUCCUUUAUCUUAUGGCAGAGGGCCGGCGGUGUCAGGUCCAUCGGAGCCACUUUCACCUUUUAUCAUGCCAUUACACUUUCUACUGACCAUCCUCCAAACAUGGCAUCACUGUUUUGUUUACACCUUAUCUCUGCAUCUCAGAGGGCACCUGAAACAAGCCCAACCCCAAGGGGCGGUAACGACACCUCCUAGAGGACUGCACCAAUACAUAUAAAAACGGUCUCUUUCACCAUUCGGAACAUCAACAGCGCAACCUAAAGAACCCUCUAACUAACUAACUAAGGAGUGCAGGAUGACAUCUGUAUCAACCAUGACGAGUAGCCUGGACAUCGCCCAAGCAACAGAAGCUCUAGAGCGAGACACGCAGCCGUGGGACCUCACAGACUCACCACCCCCAUCGCUGUUAAUCCAGACCCCGCCAUCUCCACCCCCCUCUCCACAGCUGCUGCUGCAGGAUCCUACAGGAUCGGGGCUGUUUGAGGAAACCAUUAUUGACAUCAAGCUUGCAACCCACCAUCUGCUGAUGUUGGCGCUAAACGAGUUUCUACAGGAUACAUGCUACGGAUGUCAAAUAUCUCACCCCAGUCAGGUGCAACACAGCUGCUUGCUCGAAUUGCCCGAGUAUUUCUUUGACAUCUACUAUGACGAUGUGAUGAUAAGGCUCAAGACAGACCGAUUCAUCCCCGCCAUACGCCUGUUUGUGCGCUCGUACACAGUCGAUGGGACUGGAACACAAUUCAGCAGAAUUGCAGAACACACUAUGACUGAACUGAGAUCAUCACAACACAUAGUAUGCGCAAUUAACGACAACAUUGUGCAGUUGCUAGAAGCAAGUCGUUAUGACCGACGUGCUAAACCAGCCAUGCUUCGCAUGAUUGGUAACUACUGGGCUGGGAGACACCUGGUUUAAUGUAUGCUGUUCAGUAUUCAUUGUCUGUGUGAAUGAAAUAAAAAGACGUGUUAACACCGA